UAAAAUAAAAAGUAAAUUAAUUACUUGAUGACUUGUAAGAACUUCGUGAUUUGUAAAAGAUUUUGUUAAUGUUUGUUUUGAAUGAUAUUAUAUGGUGGUAAUGUGGUGAAAAAGGCGGCUUUAUGGUACAUACUAAUAAUUUGCCUACGAGUCAGUGCAAAAAAUGGAGUAACACAAGACCAGGUCAGUAGUCGAACGAACACAUUGUUUGAUGAUGUUGAUGAUACACAGAAACAACUGGAUAACGAGGUGCGGGAGAGGCUUGCCCAGCCAAAAACAGUGUGGGUUAUUCAUAUUCCCACUCGAUUCCCAGUUCUACAACUUGAAGAUUUAAGUGUGACGGAACCAACAUUUAUUAAUACCGCUCUCGUGAGAUCAAGACGCGAAUAUCAGUUGGGCAACCCUGAACUUGAAGAUCCCAUCAUAAGUAACAACACAACACCGUGUGAAAACGUUGAAGAAGAAUCGUCAUCUGAAGAAGGGAACGUUUGUGAUUCCGACAGGACUGAAUCAGAGAAGCCUAGCGAACCUGAAAAAUGCGAAGAACAAGAAGAAAAACCAGGCGAUGAUUGGACUUUUGAUACCCAGCAUAAAUGGCAUGAAAAUUUUCCGGACUGCGCGGGACAAAGCCAGUCACCUGUAGAUUUACCAAUCGCAGGGCUCAUCAAAACAAGAGGGGCCAGGAAGCUUCUGUUCGUCAACUACAAUGAGAUUCCAAACAACUUGACACUUAUCUACAAUGGAAGAAACGUCAUCCUGACAGGCAAUUGGCCAAGGGAUAGAACGCCGGCAGUAUACGGCGGCGCAGCUCACAGUCGAAGAUAUUUGUUCCAUUCCCUAGUCGUUUACUGGCCUUCAGAGCACACCAUAGCAACUUUACACUAUCCAAUGGAAACCCAAGCCCUCCACGUCUCUGCUGAAUACGGCUCUUUCGAAGAAGCUGUUGCCAAUUCGCCCAAGGACCCUUUAGCGUUUCUUGGCGUCGUUAAUAUUUAUAAGUUCGACUCUGAAACUCAAGCUGGUCUGAGAACGAUAAUAAAUUCUGCACAGAAGUGUAAAAAGUGGUCUGUCAGUAUGAAGCCUAUGCCACUGAGUGUAUUUAGUCCACCGUUCAAGGAGUACGUGUGCUAUCAAGGAUCCUUGCCUAUUCCACCUUGUACUGAAUCUGUACUAUGGAUGAUACGACGAAGAAGCCUCACAGUUAACAGGGAGUCAUCACUGGCGUUUCAUAGCAUGUUGUUAGGGGACGACCCACCACAAAAAGUAUUCAUCAGGGUAGCGCAAGCAUUAAACGACCGGCAUAUAUACUUCUUUAGAUAAAUUAUAGAAAAUAUUGUAAAGUAUGUUUGAAGAAAAUAAUAUUAAAUUAAGUUAGGUAUUCUACUUUAUAAUUUUAUCAUAAUAGGGUAGUUUCCAGCUAGUCAAAUCAGUUACUUUUUACUAGACGGGAAACCACGAAAUUACUAUGGAACGUGUAUGAAAAAGCAACCUGUGACGUCAUAGAAAAACGUAACAAAAUGUUACUCUUAUUAUUACAAUACAUGUUUCUUUCAUAAAAUUCAUUAAUAAAUUACUUAAAAAGAAAAAAGAAAACGUUUUUAUCACAUUCAGAUUUUUCUUUAUUUAGUAAUCAGAAUUCCGUAAUUUAUCUUUG